AUUAUUUGAAUAAUGUUGUCUGAAAUGGAUGGUCAGCAUGGUCAGUUACAGUUUUCACACAGAGAGAAUCAGUCAGCUGAAGGAAAAGAUAAAGAUGAAAACAAACUGAAAAACAAGCUCAGAAAAAACAUUGAUAUUAUUUGUGAGAACUUGAAGACAGAUGAGGAAGAAAGUCUUUAUAUAACUGUCAAUUUACCAGAGAACAAAUAUUAUAUUGGAGGCUCUGAAGUUGGAAACAAAUUCUUAGGUCAACAUUCGGAGCUUAUAGAAAAGUUCUUUGCAUUUUGUAAAGAAACUUACAGAUGCUCUCAAACAAGAGAAAACAUAUCCAGCAAAAUACAGUCACAUAAUCAGAAAAUUAUUCAAACUCAAAUUAGUAAAUCCGGUGAUGAUCUCUUAAUGUCACACAUGAACACUAAAAAUAGGAAAAGAAAAAGUGAAGUCGAAAUAGGCAUCAAAGAAUCGCUGAUAAAAAAACAUGUCACAAACAACAUUGAAAAGGUACCACCCAUCGAUAAAGUUGUUCCAACACGGAAGUCAAAUAGAAUUAACUCCAAGGAAAGUAUUUUGCAAAAAGCCGAAAUGAGGAAAGCUAAUAUGAAUAAUAUAAAUUCUUCCAAAUUAGAUAAUGUACUCAAAGCAAAAGUUCAAGAAGAUGAUGUAAAGUUUUCUAGUUUCAAAUCUGAAACUAAGGAGCUAAAAUUUGAAAAUAAAAGUAAAACUGAUUUAAAUCCGGUUCUAAAAAGUCAAAGAAAAACUGUUGAUUUGAACCAGGUUAAUGAAAUUCAUAGCAGAACUGAUGAUGAUUUAAGCAAGGUCAAUGAAAAGGUAGCAACGAUAAAAACAGAAAUUGACUAUUCAGAAGACACAGGUCAGAUUGUUUUAGGUAUACUUCAGAAGGAUAGAGUCAAUAUAGAAAAUCUAGAACUAAAAGAGAUUGAAAACAUUGAAGGAUUUGAACAAGGGGAAAAUUUAGUAAUGUCCUUCAAUGAAGAUGAAGAUUGUGUCAGUGAUCAAGUUGAGUAUUAUGAAAAUGACAAAGAUGAUGAUGAAGAUUAUGAAAACAAUGAAGAUUCGGCCGAUAGUUGUGAUGAAGGGGAGGAAAGUGGAGAGAAUAUUUUGAAGUCAGAAAACAGAAUUGAACAUAAACAGAAGAAAAUAACCUGUACACUGUGCAAUAAAGAAUUCCAUCACAAACGGUACCAGUCACAUCUAAGAAAUGUUCACAAGCAGUUAUAUGCCUAUGAAUGCGAAAUUUGUAGCCAGACUUUCAACUCAGCUAUCAGACUUAACAAACAUAAAGCAUUACACUCAGAGGAAGAAACUAAGAAUGAAGAAGAGAUUCAAAAUUAUAUUGAAUCAAAUUAUUGUAUGAAGAAAGGGGUGAUUGUUAAUUUGAAUGAGGCCAGUAAAGAAACUUACACAUGUAAUCUGUGUUUGAAGCCAUUACGGACAAAAGCUGGACUGGAAAGUCACAUGCAGAUCCACAGCGGUCAUUUCCAGUGUAAUACAUGCAGCAAAACCUUUGUUACACAGCACAGACUUAGAAGACACGAAACUCUUCAUGACAAAGGAGACUAUAACUGUAAGGUUUGUGCUCACGUGUGUACAACCAAACGAUACCUAAUACAGCAUAUGAGGAAAGAGCAUGAUGAUCAACGCGAAGUUUGUUACGAGUGUGGCAUUUUCUUUGAAACAUUGACAGAUAAAAAUCAACACAUGCUGACACACAAGACUGGCCAUUGUAGCAAUUUUAUUUGUCCAAAAUGUGGGAAAACAUUUGAAUUGUUAAGAUACUUAAAAAACCAUAAUAGACAAAGUCAUAAGGGAAAUGAAGAAAUAUGCAAGGUCUGUUCUACAUUUUUCACAACAAAAGAAGAGCUGAGAAAACAUAUGUGGCAGCACAGACAAGAUUUCUUCUAUAUUUGUAAGAUAUGUAAAGCUGACUUUGAAACUUCCGAGUUAUUGAUGAAUCAUUCCAAAGAAGUCCAUAAUUCUCACAUGUAUAUCUGUGAGAACUGUGGUGAACAAUUUGACUCGGCUGUAAAGUUAAAGAAGCAUUCAACAUAUGAACACACCCCAGAAAGUCUUUUUUCCUGUUAUCUUUGCGGGUCUCGAUUUUUAAAAGAACGAAAACUAAAAGAUCACAUUGACAGUGUUCAUGUGAAUCUGAGACCUUUCAUGUGCGAAGAGUGUGGAGCUUGCUUCAAAACAAACGGUUGUCUAAGGGUCCACAUUAAAAGACAUAGUGACGAUAAAACAAAUGUUUGUGAACUUUGUAAUGCUAAAUUCAAAUCAAUUGAUGGAUUGAAUAAUCACGUAUUGGAUAGCCAUGGACAUCAAGUGAACACAGAAAAACUUAACUUCCGUGUAUAUGAAUGCAGUUAUUGUGGAAAACGAAGCUCACAGAAAGCUAUAUACAUUCGACAUUUGCGCACACAUACAGGAGAAAAACCUUAUAGUUGUAAAAUAUGUGGUAGAAAAUUCCCCAUUCCAGCUGCAUUAAAUCGUCACAUGAAACAUAAACAUUUGGAAAAUGGUAAAAAGCAUGUAUGUGAAACAUGUAAUGUAAGAUUUGCUGAAAUGUCACAUUUAAAACGUCACUUUGGAACACAUACUCAUAAAACUAUGGCAGGAGAGGCCCUUCAAGCAGAAAAGAAAAUGUCAAAAAUGGUUUCUUAUGAAUUUGAAGGUGAGCGUGUCUUAAUAGAUGCUGAUAAUCUGCAGACCGUAGACCAACAUAAAGACACUGAGCUUGCUGAGCAAACUAAAAACAUAAAAGUCAUUUACUUGAAUGAAAAUGCAGAUCCUAACAACAUGGAACAGACUGAAACUGUUUAUACCUUAGAAAAUUCCUCGAUGUUGAAUCUGCCUGAUUCCACUAUAUAUGUCAUCUCUGAAACGGAAGAUCCUGAUGUAUUUGUACAUUUACAGAGUGAACAUACGUGAACUUCUAAAAAGACGUAAUACUCAUGGACUGAUCUCAUCACUUAUUAUUUAUUUUAGAAAAAAAGCAAGUUAGGAUUAAUUGUUUUCAUAUUAAUGUUUUGUCUCCCCAACAAGUGUCACAGAAAGUGAGACAUAGGGAUGCUUAUUAGGCAGAGAUAGCAUAAACUAUAGUUUUUGUAAUAAGUUUAUAUUUCAAAAGGUACAUGUAGGAAACCUAGAUACUUCAUAUUUUGUAUAUAGAUGCCUUAUGUUUUGAAGUUUCUAUCUGUCAUAUUUUUUUUUUAUGUCUGUUGUCCUUGACCUCAUGGAUCCUUGAUCAUUUCAUGGUCCUGUGAAUACUAAAGAAAGGUUAAGUUAUUUAUCGCUUGAAUAUUUUACUUAUUAUGAGCAAUAAGACAACUAUAUUUGGUAUAAAAAAUGGUCGCAAGAUACAUAAAAUUGAGAAUGGAAAUGGGGAAUAUAUGUCAAAGAGACAACAACCCGACCAAAGAGCAGACAACAGCCGAAGACCACCAAUUGGUCUUCAAUGCAGCGAGAAUAUCCCGUACACCGGAGGUGGUCCUCAUCUGGCCCCUAAAUAAAAUUGUGUGCUAGUUCAGUGAAAAUGGAUGUCACACUAAACUCCAAAACAUAUAAAUGAACUAAAAUUAAAAACAUAUUAGACUAACAAAGGCCAGAGGCUCCUGACUUGGGACAGGUGCAAAAAUUCGGCGGGGUUAAACAUGUUUUGUGAGAUCUCAACCCUCCCCCUAUACCUCUAGCCAAUGUAGAAUAAAGAAACACAUAGCAAGACGCAAAGUUAAACUCAGUUUAAAAGAAGUCCGAGUCCGAUGUCAGAAUAGGUAACAUGUAUAUAUAUAUGUCAGUCAGGGUGCCCUUACCUUGAACCUAUUUCAUUUAUCUUUGGUCAAUGUUAAAUUUUUCAUGGUCAGAUAUUUUCAUCAGAUAUUUUAGCAGUUGGUCAAAUUAGUCUGUUUUACAUGACCUUGAUCUCAUUUUCAUUAUUUUUUAAAACAUUUGAUAUUAUAAAAUAUAUAGUCUGUUUUAUGGAAUUACACCCCCCUUUAAACAUGUUAAAAGUCCUAGAUCCGCAGCUGGUUUCCCAACUUUAUACUUAUUUACAUAUGUAUUUAUUCUGCAACACAUGCUGCUGAAUUAUCCAUUGUUUAGUUUUUUCCAUAUUUUGUUAUGAAGAAUUUAUUUAUAUAUCUAUUACAGUAGUUGUAAAUUUUAAAGUUGAAUAGGAUAUUACAUGUAUUUAAAUUGUUUUGAAUGAAAUUUUAUGAUUCACAUGUCAAAUAAAA